GGCCCGACGCCAAUUGGACUCUGGGAGCGUUGGCCACGCCCCCCCGUUGCCGCGGCAACCGCGCCUCCGCCAAUCAGUUAAGGGGAGAGCAGACCGCGCCCCAACACCGUUGCCGCGGCAACCGCGCGUCGGCCAAUCAGAGGCGGGGAGCUCAGACUCCGCCCCCUCGUUGCCGGGGCAACCGCGGCGUCUCCCGGCGUGCCCCGCGCGGGACAUGGCGGCGAGCGGCGGGAACUGAGCACCGGCGGCGGCGGCGGCAAAAGGGGCGGAGUCGGAGCGAAGGGCGGGGCCUAAACGGGCAGGGGCGUGGCUUGAGGGGAAGGGGCGAGGCCUGAGGCGGAGAGGGCGGCGCUUGAGCGAAAGGGGGCGUGGUGUCGCCAAUUUUGGGGCGUGGCCUGUAGAAACGGGGGCGUGGUCUCUGAGGUGGGUGGGCCUGGGGGGGUGGCCUUUACGGGGGUGUGGCCUUAGAGUGCCUGGCCGCAGUGAUUGGGUGAUCUCCGUGUGGGCGUGGCCAGGGAGGGGGUGGAGCCUGGUGGAGGGGUGUGACUCGAGCACACAGGUGGGCGUGGCUUAGAUCAGAAGGGGGUGUGGCCUGGGACAGGGGCGUGUCUAUGAGAUAAAGGGGCGUGUCCAGGACUAGGGGGCGGGUCCCAGUACAAGGGGCGUGUCCAGGAGCCAGGUGGGCGUGCCCUAGGCAAGGGGGCGUGUCCCAUAAUUUGGGGCGUGCCCACUGCUGGGGGCGUGUCCUAGAGCCAAUGGGGUGUGUCCGGGACUAAAGGGGCGUGUCCAAGAGAGGGGGUGCAUCCCAAGAUUAGGGGGCGUGUCCAAAAGAUAGGUGGGCGUGUCCUGCACGAAGUGGGCGUGUCCAUGCCCGGGGAAGGCCCCGCCCCCUGCCUGCUCUGCCUGGCCACAGCCAGUGGGCUGCCCCUCUUCUGCCGCCCGCCCCGCCCACAGGUGCCGUUCUCAUUGGUCGGGGCCCUGCACGGGGUUCACCUGUUCGGGGCGGCGGCGGGGGUGGAGCUUCGUGAGGCGGCCACGCCCACCGCGCACCUGGCCUGGGGGGGCUACGGGGACAGCAUCACCCUGAUCCUGCUCAGCCCCUCCCCCGCCCCCCCCGGCCCCGCCCUCGCCCGGACCCUCGACUUGGCCUUCGGGGCCAUGGUGCUGGUGCUGGGACUGGAUGAACUGGUGCCCGUCCGCAACGUGGAGCGGCUCAAACGGGAGCUCAGGAGCUGUUUUGGGCUCAUCGACGCCCUCCUGAAGCCCGGAGGGGGGUGGGGGCUGGGACCCCCCUGCAGCCCCCUCCCCCCGGGGACCCCCCGUGACGCUCUGCAGGAGCGGCUGGAGCGGUUUUCGGGGGCCGCACACACGGAUUUGGGGUGCCUGUUUUUCGGGGGGGGGGCGGCGGGAGCGCUGCGGACCCGCCGCUGGGGGGCGCUGCCCGCGCGGGACUCGGCCCUGCUGGCGGCGCUGCUGCCGCCAGGGGGCGCCCUCGGCCCCGGCCCCGCCGCGCGCGACCUGCCCGUCUUCCUGCCCAAUAGCAGCCCGCAGGUCCCCCACCGGCUGCUGCUGCUGGAGCUGGUGCCGGGGGUGGGGGUCGCGCUGCUCUGCGGCCCCACCCCCUCCCUGCAGCACCUGGUGACACAGCUCGUGCCCCAGUUUUGGGGUCCCGUCCUGGAGCAGCUCCGGGGCGGCGCCCGCCCCCCUCCCCCCCGCGCCCCCCCGAGGUCGUACCUCCUGAUCCAUCAGGGACGGACCCGCAGCGGGAUCGUCAAGGGAGGGGGGCCGGCAGGGUCGUUGCCCCCCCAUCUCCGCGCCGACGCCCUGAGGACCCUUCACACCCUCCUGGCCCCCCAGUACAGCCCCGAGGGGGGGGCACGGGGACCCCCCCCCGGGGCCAGGUUGUGUUACACGGCGCUGCCGACGCACACGGGGUGCUGCCUCCUGCGCCCCGACCUGCUGCUGCUGCUGCUGCUGCCCCCCGGGACCCCCCGGGACCCCCUGCACCCCACGGCCAUGAGCGCCCUGAGCGCCCUGACCCGGGAAUGAGACCCCCAAAACCCCCCAAAAUGGGGACCCCCUGCACCCCACAGCCCUGAGUGUCCUGACUUGGGACUGAGACCCCCUGGGACCCCUCAAAAUGGGGACCCCUUGAGACCCCCUGCACCCCACGGCCCUGAGCACCCUGAGUGCCCUGACCCGGGACUGAGACCCUCAAAACACCCUGAGACCCCCCAAAAUGGGGACCCCCUGUGCCCCACGGCCCUGAGUGCCCUGACCCGGGACUGAGACCCCCAAAACCCCCUGGGACCCCCUGCACCCCACGGCCCUGAGUGCCCUGAGCGCCCUGACCCGGGAAUGAGACCCCCAAAAUCCCCUGGGACCCCCCGGGACCCUCCGAAAUGGGGACCCCCUGCACCCCACUGCCCUGAGUGCCCUGAGUGCCCUGACCCGGGAAUGAGACCCCCAAAAUCCCCUGGGGCCCCCCGGGACCCUCCAAAAUGGGGACCCCCUGCACCCCACGGCCCUGACUGCCCUGACUCGGGAAUGAGACCCCCCAAAAUCCCCCAAAAUGGGGACCCCCUGUGCCCCCCGGCCCUGAGCACCCUGAGUGCCCUGACCUGGGACUGAGACCCUCAAAACACCCUGAGACCCCCCAAAAUGGGGACCCCCUGCACCCCACGGCCCUGAGUGCCCUGAGCGCCCUGACCCGGGAAUGAGACCCCCAAAACUCCCUGGGACCCCCCGGGACCCUCCAAAAUGGGGACCCCCUGCACCCCACGGCCCUGACUGCCCUGACUCGGGAAUGAGACCCCCCAAAAUCCCCCAAAAUGGGGACCCCCUGUGCCCCCCGGCCCUGAGCACCCUGAGUGCCCUGACCUGGGACUGAGACCCUCAGAACACCGAGACCCCCCAAAAUGGGGACCCCCUGCGCCCCAGGGCCAUGAGUGCCCUGACCUGGGGCUGAGAC